CGCUCGCCGCGCUACGGCGCACGCCUCCACCAUCCCCACCCGCCCCCCGCCAGAUCUCGCCGCGGUUCGCUGACGGGAUCCAUGGCGGCGCCGGGGAGCCACACCCGCCGCCGCGCGUGGCCGCUGCUGUUCCUCGCCGUCCUCAUGUUCCACUCGCUCGCCAUCUACCUCUUCACCCGCGGCUUCCUCCUCACCCGCACCGAGCUCGACGUCCACAGCCACCGCGACGACCGCAUCGGCAUCUCCCCGGGCUGCUCCUCCUGGCCCCCGCCCGCCGUCGACCGCCUCGUCAUCGUCGUCCUCGACGCCCUCAGGUUCGAUUUUGUGGCACCAAGUACAUUCUUUCAAGAGAGGCAACCAUGGAUGGACAAACUGCAGGUUCUGCAAAGAUUGGCUGCUGAUGAGAAGACCUCUGCUAGGAUAUUCAAAGCGCUUGCUGAUCCACCGACGACUAGCCUUCAACGUCUUAAGGCUCUGACGACAGGUGGUCUGCCUACAUUUAUUGAUGUGGGAAAUAGCUUUGGAGCUCCAGCAAUAGUAGAAGACAACAUAAUGCAUCAGUUUGCCAAAAAUGGAAAGAGGGUCGUCAUGAUGGGAGACGAUACUUGGAUCCAGUUAUACCCUGAACAUUUCAACAAGUCAUAUCCUUACCCUUCUUUUAACGUUAAAGAUCUUGACACAGUAGACAAUGGUGUUAUUGAGCACUUGCUUCCAUCAUUACACAAAAAUGAUUGGGACGUUCUUAUUGCACAUUUCCUUGGCGUGGACCAUGCAGGGCAUAUAUUCGGUGUUGACUCUACCCCAAUGAUCCAGAAGUUGGAGCAAUACAAUCGGAUCCUAGAGGAUGUAAUUGACACAUUGAAAAGUCUAUCAACAUCGGGUGGUCCCCAUGAGAAUACUUUACUUCUUGUAAUGGGGGAUCAUGGCCAAACACUAAAUGGUGAUCAUGGUGGAGGAACUGCUGAAGAGGUUGAAACAUCGCUCUUUGCAUGGAGUCCGAAGACCCCACCAAAUGCUGUCUUGUCUGUUCUUGGUAAAAAUUUAUGCAACGCUGAUCUGCAUGGUAAAGAGGUGUGCGUCAGCACUAUGCAGCAGCUUGAUUUUGCAGUAACUAUAGCAGCGCUACUUGGUAUACCUUUUCCUUUUGGAAGCAUUGGACGUGUAAACCCAGAAUUGUAUGCUCUGAGUGCUGGAACAUGGGAUAAUCAACAGAUCGGUGCCAAUGAUUGUACACAGCAGAAUGAUCUAGAAGCAUGGAUGCGGAGAUAUGCUGAAGCUCUCUGUAUAAAUUGUUGGCAGGUAAAGAGGUACAUUGAUCGAUAUUCUGCCACUUCUGUUAUUGGAUUUCGAGCAGAAGACCUGAACCAUGUUGCAGAUCUGUAUUCAAAAGCUCAGGCAAAUUGGUCCUCUGUCCUGAGGUCUACAUGUCCAGUGGAAACAAGCAGUCAGGAUGAAUUAAAGGAGUGCGCAAAUAAGGAAUGCACAAGUUCAGCUCUGCGGUUGCAAAUUGAUGCAUACUCUGACUUCUUGGAGAGCUUUGCAAAGCUUGCUCGCUCUGCAUGGACUGAGUUUGAUUUAUGGCUGAUGGGCAUUGGUCUUUCAGUUAUGAUACUGUCAGUUAGUACUCAGGCAUGUAUGCUUGUGAAGUUGAAUAUUGAUCAAAUUUCAGAAAAGGAAAGAGCAAGUUCAAGUUUCAUUCCGAAAAAUUUCUUUGCUUUUGCAUUGGUUGCAAUUCGGGCAGCAAGUUUCCUAUCCAAUAGCUAUAUAUUGGCAGAAGGUAGAGUUGCAAACUUUCUUUUGGCCACGAGUUGCAUUGCCAGUGUGUGGCACUCAGCCACAAAAGGAAAAUUCAUCAUAGAAGAGUUUGUUUUUCUCCUCCUUAAUAUUUUCAUACGAUUUGGGAUUGAGUUUGGGAUGUCAAAACAAAUUUCUGGGUCAAUAAUUUCAAAUGACCACCCAGUCAGCAUUAUUUGUGGCCUGUUUGGUUCAAGUUUUUGCAGUGAUCUCAUGGAAAUAUUCCCCAUCAUAUCUCUUACCUUAGUGGCCUAUAUAAUUUUGAAGUGCAUAUCCUAUGCGAUCAGUCAUAGAUUCUUGAAGUACUCUGUUAUGUCUGGAAGCAUCUUGAGUUAUAUAUUUAUAGCAAUUCAUUGGGCUUCUGAAAGUACUUUGCUCUCUCAUACUAAAGCUACUAGAGAGACUGGAAUAAGUUUAGCUCCUCGCCUUGUAUACACUAUUGGAGGUUUAUCAUUAGCAAUAUCUGCAUUUUAUCGGUUGUUUGGGUCAACUGAUCAUUUGAAGAUGAAUGAAAGGAUAACUAGUUUGUCAGCUGUCAUGCUGUGCUCCUGGAGUCCUACUAUCUUGAUCUUGUUGGGAAGACAAGGUCCCUUUGUGGCUCUAAUUUGUAUGACUAUAGCAUGGUGUAUAAUAAAGUUACAGCAGAAAAAUCAGAGAGAGCUGAAACUUGACAAAGGAAUACAUGCUGCUGACUCUGUUUCAGUAACACAAUGGAGCUUUCUGGCAGUUUGUCUAUUUUAUCUGACGGGUCAUUGGUGUACCUUUGAUGGCCUCCGUUAUGGUGCUGCAUUCAUUGGGUUUGAUCAUUUCCAUAUUAUCCGACAAGGCCUUCUUCUUUCCAUUGAUACUUUUGGCGUUUCUCACAUACUGCCUGUUCUUAGUCUUCCGUUUAUUGCCAUAUGCUGGUACAAUUCUGCAUCCAAGAACAGCAAGGUGAAUGAUGCCACUGUCACCAGAUUAAUACAGGUGCUUUUGAUGUAUGGUUUAAUUACAUCAAUCACAACAACGCUUACAAUCAUUUGUGUUACCAUUCAACGGCGUCACUUGAUGGUCUGGGGUUUAUUUGCCCCAAAAUACGUAUUUGAUGCUAUCGGGCUUCUUCUGACCGACUUGUUAGUUGUUCUGGCAUCUAUCUAUUACAGCUGACCUUGCUAUUUUGUUUCUUCAGAUAGACAGGUAGUUUUAAAAUUAACGCAUUUACGAUUUGAUUGCAUCUAUAGAGCUGAAAUAUUUUUUUUGUCACUACAGUCAGUGGUGUAAAAUCAUGUGUAUAUUCAAUUAAAUUCAUGUAUUAUCGUUGAAUCAAAUUUGUCAUUAACCCAAGGGCCAGAUUCUUGGUCACUUUUCAGAGACUCCUAAAA